AUGUUUGUUCCGAUAAUAUUGACGUCAAGAAAGACAAACAGUAUUUCAAUGGAUCCCAAGCCAGACAUGAGGUAUAGAUCGGAUCCAUUGGGUCCGCCGUCGUCCACGUCGUCGCCUCUGAAGUCCAUGUCAUUAACGACUGACACGUUAUCGUUGAAGACCACGGAUUUGACGGCCAAUUAUCCCGACAAUUAUGUUAUGGUCAAUGAGUACCAGAAGUCGUUUGGUUCGGCCAACAGCGGACACCUUCGCGAGUUUGUUCCCUAUCCGCCAGAUAUUAUCUCAACCACUGUUGAGCGCAGCACUGGAACCGAUUGGGGAUAUCAGUCGAAGACACCACUUAUCAGUAAUCAAAACCAUCAGAACAUUCGGUUUAAAAGAAGUGGAAAUAAAUCGAAAUUAAACCGAAUGUCGAGUCAGGAGAGUGUUGUCACUAAUGACUGUUCCCAAGACUGCAAUGGCUUUGACAGACAAUCAAUAAUAUCUCUUCAUUCGUUCUGUUCUGGCAUUGAAUCCAAUCAUUCAAACGACACGUUUCAACACAUGAUUACUACCAGUGAUGUCUCGACGGAGACUGAAGUGCCGGUUGUGGUCAACGAAUACACUCAGGCGUCCAUCACUGACGAGACAACGGGUCCUCUCUUUGAAUUGAGACGAGAGAACGCAAACAUGAGAGGAAAGGCCGACCAAUUGGAUCACAUUAUGAAUGAUAUGGUGAAAGAGAGGUCCGAUCUUCAGAUGAAAUUGCAUUCAAUGGAGAAAGAGAUGAAACUGAAGAACGAGAAAUUGGAUGAAAUGAACGCCCAAAGAGAGUCUCUGCUCAGCGAUUGCGAAGAACUCAAGUCAGGGAUCAAUAAAUGGGAAUCAAUUGUCAACGAAUUCAGAGAAGUGGUCGACGCGAAGACACUGGAGAUUCAGGGACUCAACGAAGACAUGAAUAAAUUGAAUGAAAACAAUAAAAAUAUACGAAUAAAUUGCGAACAUUUAAAGAUUGAUUUGGAAUCAAAUGACAAUACAAUCAAACAAUUGAAUAAAAAGAUAUCGGAAAUGAAUGGAGAAAUGAAUUCAUUUUUUCAGACAAAAGUCAAUCUCGAAGAAGAGAUUAAGCGAAAAACGGCAGAAAUGGACGCCAUUUCUGUCCGAAAAGAAUGGUUUGAAUUAGAAUUAAAUAAAUUGCAAAUCAAACUCAACGAAACCCACCAGAAGUUAGUGUCUGAACAGCAGAUCUCAAUCAAUGCCAGGAAUGACUUCGAAAGAGUCCAGACAUUGAACUCAGUAUUAAAGCAACAAUUAAUCGAAACGACACAUAAAGCUGUCAAAGAAAAGGAUCAAUUGAUGAGACAUUUGGAAGGAAUAAAUGCCGAUUUGAUGCUUAAAGAGACAGAAAAGCAAUUGUUUUCACCCAAAAAGGAAAUAAAUACUACUUUAGUCACUAAAACCGAUGAGUUGUCCACAGAUUCCAAACAAAAACUAUUUGAAAGUGAUAUAAGAAUUGAGAAUCUGAACAAACAAAUGAAACAAUUAACUGAAAACAACCAAAAACUAGUCAACGAACAGGAAUUGAGUGCAAACAACUUGAAUGUAUGCAAAAAGCAGUUGUCCGACAAAGACUGUGAGAUUCAGACAUUGAAUUCAUAUAAUUCUGAUUUGGAACUCAAGAUCAGAGGUUUGAAUAUCGAUUUGAAGCGACAGAAGGAAUUGAAUGACUUAUUGAGAAAAGACAAAAAAGAUUCUGAAUCCCAAUUGAAUUCACUGUUGUUUGAGAACAAAUCGUUAGAAACGGCGACAAAACUACUGAAAGAAUUGAUUGAAAAACACGAAAGAAGUUUAAAACAAAUUCAAAGCAAUCUUAUCGCCAAAGAAAGUAAACUCGAUUUACUUGAAAACGAAAAAUCGAAACUUUUGAAUAUAAUUCAAACGAAAGAACGGGAAUUAAUAGAAAUCAAGCAAACCAUUAGUCCGGACGCCACUGCAGACCCGGAGUUGAAUAUCUUUGAGCUUAGAAUCCAAAAGCAAGAACUCGAGAAAGUAAUGAAUACAAUGAACACUGAAUUGAGAGCCAAUCAAAUCAAAUUUGACGAACAAAAGAACCACUUCUUGAAAGAGAACUCAGAAUUGAAAACGAAAUUGUCUGAAGUAAACCAUAGAUUUGAAACACUCCAGAAGAAUGUGAUAGAAGACAAUAGUAAAGUUAAGACAUUGAGUGAAAAAAUCCGAAGCCUUGAGUCUAACGUCAAACUAUUGACCAAAAAAUACAGAGAAAUGAGUGAAAGGAAGAAAGAGUUGGAAAUAAAUUUAGAGAAAAUGAGUGAUAAUUCCGCAAACAUUACCAAAAUUCUAGUCUCGACUCAAACUGAAGAUUUUGAGGAGAAAAGUGAUAAUUCAGAAGUGAUUGUCGAAAACGAAAGAUUAAUGCGAGAAAUGAAUGAAUUAAGAGAUGAGAUCCGAUCUAAGGAUUCACUUAUCGAACAAAACCAGAAAAUAAUCCUGAAUUUAGAGCACGAAAGGGGAAAGUUAUCGAGUGCUGGACUCAACUCAACGAACCAACACAUCAGUGCUCUGGAAGUGAUGAUCGCAUCCAAGACUGAAGAAGUGAUUCGUUUGGCAGAAAUAAAUGACGAGAAAAGCAAAACACUAAAAGAAUUAGAAACGAAAUUAAAUAAACGAAUCAAUGAAUUGGAGAGCGAUCUGAAGAAGGAAAGGGCUGUCGUCAAGGAUUUACGCCAUUCUGUGUUCAAUGAAAAACGAGAAAAUAAUUACAUUAAAAAAGAUAUGAAUGAAAUGAAGAAAAGUCUUUCGGAAGCGAACGCAAUGGCAGACAAACGCAAACAAGAAGUGAUUGAUUGCGAGACUGAAAUGAAAAGUAUUAAAGAGACGGAAAGCGGUCUUCGAAAAGAAAUUGAAAGAAUUGUCAACGAAUUGAAAGCAAUUAAAGAGGAAAAUCAGAACCUCAAGAGUAAACUGGAGAACACGAGCGGCAGAAGUGAACCACUUUUAGAACAGCUCAAGAAUUUGAGUCUAAAUUUACUCGAGAAGAAUCAGGAAAUGGAAGGAAUGAAAAACCAAUACAAUUCCAUUAAAGUGAGAAACGAAACUGAAAUACAGAGUUUGAGACAACAAUUAGACGGCUAUCGAAGUGAUCAACAGAUUCUGAACAACGAAUUGAAUGAAUUGAGAAAAAGUAAAUUCAGUCUUCAGUCGCGUUUGACUGAACUGAGAGUCGCUCUCAAGAAUAGUUACGAUCAAAACCAGAAACUCAGGCAACAGUUGAACGCCAGUCAGAUUGUUGUCACACAAGAGUCUGAAAAAUCGCGUUUGACUGAACUGAGAGUCGCUCUCAAGAAUAGUUACGAUCAAAACCAGAAACUCAGGCAACAGUUGAACGCCAGUCAGAUUGUUGUCACACAAGAGUCAACUUUUAAUGAAGAACUCGUGACCAAACUUUUGGACCAAAGCGUCGACACCACUAAUGAAGCGAAACCAUUAGUGAAUCUUCAGGCGUGUGUCGACUCAUUGAAACAAGAGAUGGAAUUAUUGCAAAAACAAAUACAGGACAACAAUUAAUCUAAUGUUUUGGACACAAAUGAUUGCAUUUCCCAAUUCAUGGAUCAUUUCAAAUGAGUAUUAAGACCUUAAUUCGUUGUCGAACUAACUUUCAGUGCC